AACGACUGUCGGCUCAGUGCUUCUGUUCGCCGCUGUUGUGUUUACAUCUGCUCCUCUCUCGCCACCCAUUAUCCUGCAGAUGAAAUUCCGUUGACUGCCGUUUGACCGGAUAUCGUUUGAAAACCACUCGACUCGCUUUAACAACAUUGACAUUUAUGUAAACGUAACCUAACGGCGAUUGAUUUAAAGUCCGACUUUUUCCCGUCUCUCAGCAUUUUCAAUACGCGUCUGUUACGCUAACCAGCAGCAAUAAUGGCGUCCGCUGCUACAACUUUCAACCAGAACCGUCGCAUGCCACCUUCAAUGCAAAUUCAAAAGAUUCUAGAUGAAAAUGCUCAACUGAUUCAAACUAUUCAAGAUUACCAAAAUAAAGGGAAAGCUCAAGAAUGUAUGCAAUUUCAGCAACUUCUUCAUCGUAACUUAGUCUACUUAGCUUCUGUAGCAGACUCAAACCAAAACAUUCAAACAUUGUUGCCGCCACCUAGCAUAAAUCAACAACAAACUAUGCAAAUUCAAGGUCAACAGCAUAUGCAACAGCAACAGCAACAGCAACUUCAACAGCAGCAGCAACAACAUCAACAACAGCAACAGCAUCAGCAACCACAACCUCCAUCAGCAUCAUCUAUGAUAAGUGGACAAGACAGUCAAAACCCUCAAGUUAUGCAACAACCUCAACAACAAGGUCCACCACAGCAGGCUAUGAAUCAAGUGUUUACACAAGGACAAGGAGGACCCCCUGGUGGAUAUCGUCCUCAACAAUCUAUUGCUCCAAUGAGGCCACCAACACCAUCUCAACAAUAUAGACCUUCACCUCAAUAUCAAGGACAACAACAAGGAUAUCAAAAUUUUGCAUCCACUCAAGGCGCAGUUGUUUCUGGUCAAACAGGUGGUCCUGGAGGAAGUAAUGUGUACAAUCAAGCGCCACCAAAUCAACCAUAUCCAGGUCCAGGUUAUGGCCACCAACAGCCAGUAACCAGUUCUAAUUAUCCAAAUCCAAAUUAUGGCAAUGCACCGCCCAAUCAACAGUAUCAACCUAAUAGUCCUUAUGCUAAUCAGCAACCUGGUAAUUAUCCACAAAGUGCUGCUGGUCAGCCACAAAACUUCCCACCUAAUUAUCCGCCAGGUGCGUACGGACAGCAACCAGUAAGUUCAAGUAGUGGUUAUGGCCCUCCGUCUAAUCAACCGUCAUCAUAUUCUGGUUAUGGAAAUGGUCCUCAAAAUACGUAUGCAACUUCACAAACUACACAAUCAGCUCCAUCAGCAUCUACCCAAACAUCUUAUCCGCCUCCUCCUAAUCAAACGGUACCAAAUGCUGUGGCUGGACAACAGACUGCACCAACACCUACACCUAAUUAUCCUCCAUCACAACAACCAAAUGCUCCACAAUACCCACCCCCAAACAGUGGUCCAAAUCAGCAGCCUGUACCAUCUCAAAAUUACCCUCCCCAACAAGGAUACAAUCAACCACCUCCCCAAAGUUACCCCCAAGGUUAUCCAGCACCUGGUCAACCAGGUGGAUAUCAACAAUACCAGCAAAGACCUUUAGCUCCUCCAUCAAAUCAAUCUCAAUACCCAGGUUAUUCAUACCAACCGUCACCUGUUGGGUAAAGGCUUAAAAAUUAAUACAUACAUGUAGAAUUAUGAAUCAUGUCUUAAUGUUAUAUUAUCAUCAUAGAUAUCAUUUUAUAUUUUAUUUAGAUGGAUUAUGUUAAAAAAUGUUUCUUGUAUUUGUUCAUGUAAUAAUUAUUGUACUAUUUACUCUCGGUUUGUAAUUAUUUUUAUUCCAGGUGUAUGGCUAAUAAUAAUUUAUUUUACAAUUAGUUUAAUUUGUGAUGAUAUUAGUAUUUUAAAUUCGAGUUUUUUACUAAAGAUUACACAUAAUUAA